AUGUCAUUAAAAAGAUUUUUCAAAAAGAAAGAGUUAGAGAACCCAACACCUAAAACAGAAUAUAUGGACCACAAAUAUUCAAGAUUUAGACCCAAGUCCACUUUUUUCCCGAAUGAUAAGGGUCAUCAGUUGGAGGCUUUCAAUAGAAUGGUUCUUAAAGAUUUAAAGGGUUUAGAUUAUAAACUUAAAGAUUUUAAUCUAACCAAAAAAGAAAACGCUAUUUUAAAGUCCAUUAAGAACCGAAAAGAUAUUAUCAUUAAGAGUGCUGAUAAGGGAGGAGGGAUUGUGGUGAUGCCAAUCGAUUUUUAUCUGAAAGAAUCUGAUAGAAUUUUAAAUGACACUUCUACCUACCAAAAAUUAAAUUACAACCCCAAUUCUCGUUUUAAUAAAGAACUAGAGGAUCUGUUGACUUUAGGUAAAGAAAAAGAGAUUAUUGACAGCAAAAUUUUUUCAUAUCUUUUUUUAAAGGCUCCUAGAAUCCCUACAUUCUAUUUCCUCCCCAAAGUCCACAAAUCAGCUACUCAUCCACCAGGGAGACCCAUUAUAAGUGGGAUCAAUUCGGUAACAUCUAAACUUUCUGAAUUUAUCGACUUCCACCUACAGAAAUACGCUCAAGCGGCCAAAUCAUAUCUUAAGGAUACUAAGAGUUUGAUCCAGGAGUUAGAAAGUGUGGAGUGGAAAGACGGAUAUAUGUGGGCAACAGUGGAUGUCACGUCUCUCUACACCAUAAUUGAACACGAGCUGGGCCUGCAAGCAGUGAAAAAAGUGGUGGAAGCCGAUUCAGAACUUCCAGCAGAUUUGGGUCUCUUUUUAUUAGAAAGCAAUCAGUUUGCUUUUUCUUUUAACACUCAAUUUAAUACCCACGCCAAGAAAAUCAAAAAUAUUCUAAAGAAACAUUGGCCGUUGCUACUGGAAGAUGAAUUUUUGAAAACGGAACUUCCCCGGGCUCCACAAGUGAUUUUUAAGAAGGGCAAGAAUUUAAAGAACAUCUUAGCACCCAGCACUUUCAAGAACCAAGAUAAACCGGUUCAACAAAACGAGGGUUUUUUUACAUGCGUGUCCCCUCUUCUCGCUGUGACGUCGCAUCUCGUCACCUUCCUAGAGCACUAUUCACAAAUGCAAAGUCUGCAGGAAAAGGCGCAAGAAUACCGAGCCCAGCUGCGACGAGAGGAGAGACGACGCAGAAAGCAGCUGCGAAUCCUGCGUGAGGCCUACAGGCAGCGCAUGCGAGAUAAGAUGAACCUCGUUGAAAGCCUGGAGGAUGUGAUAUGCGAGCAGCAGGCGGUCUUGCACAAAUUACAGAGAGGAGCCAUAUCUCCAGUGUACCCCAGUUCUCCUCUCUCCCAUGUUGGGGUACACAAGCUGGUGGAGUCCAUUAGUCUCCUGCAAGCCGAGAGAGUCCAGCUGAAGGAGGAGAUCGCCGGAUUGAGACAAGACAUGGACAUGAAGGAGCAGGAGAAACAGUGUCUGACGUCUGCACUCCGAGACCAGGUUGAUGAGCUAAAAGAGAUCAUUCGGGAACGCGAGGCAGACCUGUCACAACGUCAACUGGAAAUGGGGGCGACAGACUCUGAGAAACGGCUGCAGUGUCUGACAUUGGAGAACCAGUCUCUAAAGCAGAGUCUCAGUGUAACUCAGGGUCUCCUCGAGAAGUUGGCAGCAGUCUCCACUCAGCCCUCCACUCAGUUAGUAAAGGAAAAUGAGGAUUUACGCAACAAGGUGCUUCACCUGGAGGCCUCGCUGCAGGAAAAGGUGGAGCAGUUGGUGCACAGUAAAGGGCAGGUAGAGACUCUGCAAUGGAGGAAAGAGGAUGAAAUCCAGCAGUUGGAUGAAAAGAUCCACAGACUGCAACUGUCACUGGAAAACGAGAGGAAGAGACCCCCCGAUGUGCAGUAUAUAACAAAGACCCUGGAAGUGGAAUCCCCUACAGUGCUGAGAUCUCUGGCAGAAGCAGAAAUACGAAACCAUCUUCUUCUUGACCAAGUAUCCAUCCAGGGGGAGAAGUGUCACAGGUUAGAGGGACAGCUCCGAGGAUCUGAGGAACUUACCUCCAGCCUAAGAGUUAAGAUCCAGGCCUAUGAGACAGAGAUUGGCAAUCUCAAAACUGAACUGAUGCAGGAGAUCCACCAGCUGGAGGCUCAGAAGGAAGACGCCAUUAGAGAGGCGUCUGAGUGCUCGGACCAGCACCUGAAGGAAGUCCGGGGCCAGUUGUUAGGGGUGCAGACUCGUCUGACCUUGUUACAGCCUUUCCUGAAGAAUAUGAAAAUGGAUUAUAACAGCCUGCGGAGUCAGGUGAAGAACUUCUCCCAGUUCUAUGAGUUAUCAAUCAGUGAAGCCCGGAAACAGAUUUGCCACGCUGUGACGAAUGUCUCAGAAAAUAACCGAGACUUGCUGGCGAAAUACCAGAGAGAAGUGCAACUUCGGAAGAGAUACCACAAUCAGCUGGUGGAACUCAAAGGAAACAUUCGCGUGCUGUGCAGGGUUAGGCCCCCAGCAGAAGGCAAUGAUCAGGAACCUGACUCCCCACUCACCACAGACCGGAACGAUGAUACCAGACUGUCAGUGUUAUACAAGGGCAAAGAGCGGACGUUCGAGCUGGACAAAGUUUUCCUCCCGCAGUCCACACAGGAGGAGGUUUUCCUGGAAAUCGAGCCUGUGGUCAUGUCAUGUUUGAAUGGGUACAAUGUCUGUAUUUUCGCCUAUGGGCAAACCGGCUCAGGGAAGACAUUUACCAUGGAGGGAACAUCAGAAAGCCCAGGGAUAAACAAGCAAGCCCUUCAAGCCCUGUACAAGGAGAUGGAGGACAGAAGAGGAUUAUGGGAAUACAGCGUGGACCUGAACAUGGUGGAGAUUUAUAAUGAGGUGAUCAGGGACCUUCUCUCAAAAGACCCCCAGGAUAAAUUGGAUGUGAAGAUGAAUCCAGACGGGAGUGGCCAGCUUCAUGUCCCAGGAUUGACCAGCAUGGAGGUCCGCAGCUUCGGUCACAUCAAGAAGCUUCUUUCUCUGGGAAAGCGAAACCGAGCCACGUUCUGCACAAACAUGAAUGAGAGAAGCUCACGAUCUCAUGCUCUGCUCACAGUCACCGUCAGCGGGAGAGAUCUCACCACAGGGACUGUGACCACAGGGAAGCUGAAUUUGGUGGACCUGGCUGGGUCAGAGCGAGUAUGGAAGUCUGGAGCAGAGGGCGAGAGGCUGAAGGAGGCACAGAAUAUUAACAAGUCCCUCUUGGCUUUGGGGGAGGUAAUCCAGGCCCUGAGAUCCAAGCAAGGCCACAUACCCUUCAGGAACUCCAAACUCACCUACCUGCUGCAAGACUCCCUGGGCAAAGGGAAUAAGACAAUUAUGAUGGUUCAGGUGUCACCCCUGGAAAGUAAUGUCGGGGAAACUGUUUGCUCCCUGAAUUUCGCUCAGAGAGUCUGUAAGGUGGAGCUUGGACCUGCUUCCCGCAAGGUAGACAGCGGAUAA